AUGUCAACCCUCCAUGACAUCCCCGAUGGACCCGUGGAGGAGCUAGAUGCCGCCGCCUUGGAAGAUCUCAUAGGCGUCCUACAGCGUCAUCAAAUUGAAUGUGAAAAGACCAGUCGCUACAGCGAAGCGGAGGCAACACGAAAACGACUUGAACAAUUGAGGGAAACUGAGAAGGGAAGGGCAAGGGAGGAACUCCGCACUCAGCAACUGGCUGAGCGGCUCAGCGUAGAAGAGGCACAUAUGAAUGAGCUUCAGGAGUUCAACGAGAUCUGGGAUAAGACCAUGAUGGAAUUCGAACAACAUUCUCAAUCGCUGCAACAACAAUUGGCCGAAAGACAGAUGCAGGACCACUUGGCUUAUAGAGACAAGUUGAACCGGGAGGUGCAGCCUAAGGCGCCACGAUGGAGCAGGCAACUGUUGAACUUGAGGAGAGUACAAGAAACUCUAGGGAGGCAGAAGCAAUACGCGGACGCGGCUCGGUCGAAAGAACAGGCUGAUCUGCUUGAGCUGAAGGAGCAUGAGGCUUGGAAAACGAAAAGGGACAAGAAAAUUCGGAGCCUCCUCGACCAGUAUACGUACAAGCAGCAGCUUGAGGCGGCUGGGCUGGAGCAGAAGUCAGCACGACGCACAGAGCUGGAGCGUCUGUUACAGCGUUAUCACAAUGUGAGAACUCAACUUGAGAAACAACAGCAUCUCAUACGACAGAGGAUGGAGAAGUAG